UGCACAUGUAGCAUAUGCCAACAAUGCAAGCAGGAUACCGUACCGUGAAAUGCAUGAAAUCCCUCCUGUUCCAUGAAAAAAAAAGUGCAUGAAAUCCCGGUAGGAGAGGAGAGCAGUAGGAGAGGAGACCAACGAUAAGAGGUGCCCGUGGCAGAUAGUGCGGCGGCCACCACCCAGCAUAACAACAGGCGACAGACACAUGGCCAUCAUCCUUGUACGAGCAGCGUCGCCCGGGCUCUCCGACGCCGCCCACCAUGGGAGCGGGAGCGGGAGCCUCGGCCAGUGCUCCUCCCUGCUCAAGAGGCGGCGCCGCUGGAUGCUCUGCUCGCUCCGGUACGCCUGCCUCGGCCUGGGCCCGGGGGAGAGGGAGAUUGGCCGGGCCCCCGCCGUGUACUCCAGCCUGGCCGUAAACCCGGCGGGAGAGGCCGUCGUCUCCUCCGAGCAGAAGGUCUACGACGUCGUGAUGAAGCAGGCCGCAUUGCUCAAGCGCCAGCUGCGCACGCCCGUCCCUCUUGACGUCAGCAGGCCCCGGGACCUGGAGAUGCCGCGCAACGGCCUCAGGGAGGCCUACGCCCGCUGCGGAGAGAUCUGCGAGGAGUAUGCCAAGACUUUUUACCUCGGAACUUUGCUGAUGACAGAGGAGCGGCGCCGCGCCAUAUGGGCCAUCUAUGUGUGGUGUAGGAGGACGGAUGAGCUCGUGGAUGGGCCAAACGCCAACUACAUUACGCCGACAGCCUUGGACCGGUGGGAGAAGAGACUUGAGGAUCUAUUCGAGGGACGCCCUUACGAUAUGCUUGAUGCCGCUCUUUCUGAUACCAUCUCAAGGUUCCCCAUAGACAUUCAGCCCUUCAGGGACAUGAUUGAAGGGAUGCGGAGCGACCUUAGAAAGGCAAGGUAUAAGAACUUUGACGAGCUCUACAUGUACUGCUACUAUGUUGCUGGAACUGUGGGAUUAAUGAGUGUACCUGUGAUGGGCAUCGCACCUGAGUCUAAGGCAACAACUGAAAGCGUGUACAGUGCUGCCUUGGCUCUUGGAAUUGCGAACCAACUCACAAAUAUACUACGGGAUGUAGGAGAGGAUGCUAGAAGAGGAAGGGUGUAUUUACCACAAGAUGAACUGGCACAGGCAGGGCUCUCUGAUGAGGACAUCUUCAAUGGUGUCGUCACAAACCGAUGGAGAAAAUUCAUGAAGCAGCAGAUCAAGAGGGCCAGGAUGUUUUUUGAGGAGGCGGAAAGAGGGGUGACUGAGCUCUCACAAGCUAGCAGAUGGCCAGUAUGGGCCUCACUACUGUUGUACCGGCAAAUCCUGGAUGAGAUUGAAGCAAACGACUACAACAACUUCACAAAGAGGGCGUAUGUAGGCAAAGGGAAGAAAUUGCUAGCACUGCCUGUUGCAUACGGGAAAUCGCUACUGCUGCCAUGCUCACUGAGAAAUAGCCAGACCUAGCCGCCAGAAGAAACAGGACAAGAUGAUCAGGUUAGGCUAGGUAGAAAAUAGGGCAAUGUCUGGUGGAGUUGUUGUUCAGGUGUAUCAUAUGAAAUGUUGGGGGCAGGCACCGAUAAAGCACUGCAACCAACCUAGAUAUGAUGGAUAUGGAAUGCUUGCCUGUAUAUCCUCUUAGGAGCAUAUGCAUGUCUCUGAAGGAAAGAAGCAACAUGUAUACUGUUUUCUUUGUUAUAUCAUCCCAAACACAGAUUGGGGGGGGAAACACAACUGAUGUUGUUCUGUAAAUGGCAAUGCUAAAUGUUGUCGUAUAGGAAGCUUGUGGAAUUGAAAUAUAGAAUUUCUGAUGGUGUUGAUCGA